AUGGUUAAAAUCCUCUGUAUGUUGAUUGCCAUCCUCGACGUCCUCCAGGCUGAGGAUACUCAGCCGCACCUCCGUGCACUGAGGAACCCUUCUUGCGCUAUGUCGAAGUGCGGAUCUGGUUGUGAUCCUAAGGUCUGCAUCUGCACUAGUGAUCACUUCUUAGCGCCUUGUACUUGCUUAUGCUAUUCGUGA